AUUUAUUUACACGAGUUGUUUUAAUAUUUUUCGAGCUUAGAGAUUCGCCCAGGGACUUGUUUGGGCUCGGUGUUUCUCAUUGCGAGCCGUUAAGACGAUAUGUAGCUACGACACAAGCCGAGGAAGGCAGCUCUCAGUACAGCUCUCUCUCUCUCUCUUUCUCUAUCUCUGUAUCUCUCUCUCUCGCUCUCUCAUCAGAGACCGAACGAACGGGCACUUCCCUCCUCAGCGCGAGGUCACAGAACGCAGGCAGCUAGCGCCAACGUCCGUUAAAUAAACGAAAAGUUGAGUUAGCUGCAGCGAGACACACUUGGACGCAAGGGGGGUUUACUAAGCUCGUUAGUUAGGUUAGCUAGUACUGAGACCACUGCUUGUUCUGCUAGGUUAGCGAGCUAAUGACAUGUUCAGCAAGACGAGCUACAGCUAUACAGCAGCGCCUCGCAUCAGUGAGCUAGCUAACCUAGCGAGGUUAGCUAGAAUAUAUAAUCUAACGCUAUAUAGAUAGAUAGAUACGGUUAGCUAGGCUAGCGAGCAGGCUAAGUAACACUACGUUAACCUACGUUACUUUUAAACCGUUCAGAGAUAGACAGAGAGGGAGAGAGAGAGACCUGUCGAGGCGGUGUGUCGUUUCGUGGGCUUGAAAAAGUAACGCUAGUUGUUCCUGAAAACUCUGAACACAACGAAAGGACAGAAGUUGUGGAGGGAAGAGGUGCUUCUGUGAAAAUUGUGGGAAAAAAUGACAGACACGGCCGUUUGGUUUGACAGGAUUGGGGUUUAGCUAUACUUAAUAGCUACAUAAUUUCCCCCCAAAGCAAGAUGGACUCUCUCUCUCCCUCCCUCUCUCUCUAUUUCUCUCUCUCUCUAUUUCUCUAAAGAUAACUAGGUUAUAUUUCUAUCUCCUUCUUUCUGUCUCUUUUUUUCUGUAACUUAAAGCUAGCUAUAUUUGUCUUUCUCUAUCUCUCCCUCUAACUAAAAGCUAGUUAGAUUAGGUUAUAUUUCUCUCUCAUUCUCUUCUCUCUAACUAAAGCUAUCUCUCUCUCUCUCUCUCUCUCUCUCUAUAACUAAAGCUAGCUAGGUUAUACGUCUCUCUCUGCUAGGUAUAUUUAUCUUUCCCUCUCUCACUCUCUCUUUCUCUAAAUAAAAGCUAGCUAGGUUAUCUCUCUCUCUCUCUCUCUCUCUCUCUAUUUCUCUCUUUGCUUGUCUGUCUUCUUAGUCUUCGACAUUUUGCACCGAACCAAAAUAACGGCUCUAAAUAACCAGUAAGGUGAUGAAUGAGGGACGUUGGGGAGACGUUUUAAUGGGUCUUUAGGUGCACUUCUCAUUGAGGGUGAUGGAGAGUCAGCCCCCCACUGGUCUCAGCUAGUUACCUGAAAACUAACGUAAACGCGAGUGGUGUGUGAGUGUGUGUGUGUGUGUGUGUCGAUCAUGGCCAGCUCUGACUCUCUUCACCCACAGAGCCCGGCUCGCUUUAUUAUCGCCUUUUAAUCGAGGGCUGUUGUCGACAGAGGGGGUUUGAAUCCACAGCUAACCUAGGCUAGCUAACUUUACGCUUCAUCAACAACAGCGACAGCCUCGUAAAAAAGAAACGUGCCCUCCCUCCGUAGUUUGCAGCUCGACCACCGCACGUAGCCACUCACAUGCUAGCCCAGCCAACUCGUACAGACACACAGCCACACACAAACACACACCGAGGCGAAAUGUCCGCUUCAAAAAAAUGUCGCUGGCCGAUGAGAUGGUGCUCAGGCGGUGUUAUGUGGUAGCUACAUCAGGCUGCUGUGGUCCGGGCUUGUGUUCCUGAUCUGAGGACGCAGUGUGUUUCUGUAUUUUGUAGGUCACCACCAUCCAUCGCAUGAUACAGCCUGACUGACUGACAGAUCCAUCCUCAUCUCUCAAACACAGCAUUUCCAUAUUCUGUGAUCAGGUCAUCGGCAUCAUGAAGGGUGGAGGAGGGGGGAAGGAGCCGCCAGCAGAGGGCGAGGUGAGCGGGAAACAACGGCCUAAACGCAAGUGCCUGCAGAGGCACCCACUGCUGUCAAAGAAAAAGGCGCUGGACUUCUCUGAAGAAGAGGAGGAGGAGGAUGAAGAAGACCUGGAGAAGGAGCCAGUGGUGUGUGCAGAACGCGGCAGCCAGGAGCCUGAAUGUGGGACGAUGGAGGACGAAGGUGAGGAAGACUCCUCGGAGCAGAGAGCUCGUCGGCCCAUGAACGCAUUCUUGCUCUUCUGUAAACGGCACCGGUCGCUAGUUCGCCAGGAACACCCGCGGCUGGACAACCGUGGAGCGACCAAGAUUCUGGCUGACUGGUGGGCUGUGCUGGAGCCCAGUGAGAAGCAGAAGUACACAGACAUGGCUAAGGAGUAUAAAGAUGCCUUCAUGAAGGCCAACCCAGGUUAUAAGUGGUGUCCUGCUACCAGUAAGCCAGUGAAGAGUCCCACUCACAGUGUGAGCAACGUAAGAAAGAAGGCCUGGACUCUGCCCUCCAACCCAACCAAGGAUGCUGCUGUUGCCAAAAAAGUGCCCAAAGCAGACGGCACACCACAGCUUAACUUUGCCAUGGCAGAUCCAACUAAGAUGGGUGGCCUAAGCAUGCUGCUGUUAGCUGGGGAGCACGCCUUGACUGCCAGAGAGAUUUCCUCUAGCACUUCACAGACUGGGGUCUCGGAUGUCGCCAAGCUUUCUGGAAAAUCUGCCCUUUACCAGUUGGCCGAGCUCUCCUCCUGUCCACACCAACCUGCUGAAGGACUUAAAAGCUCAGAAACUAAAAGCCCAGCAGUCCCCAAGACAGAGGCAUGUGGCCCAUCUCAGCCCAACUCGCCUGAUCUUCCCAGCAGCUGUGUUCGGUCUCCACUCUUCCAGCUGGCUGAGAUCUCCUCCAGUGGUUCCCAGUCUUCAGUUUCUGAGGGCAAGCAGUGCGGCCAGUCUGCUCUUUUCCAGCUUGCUGAGAUGUGUUUGGCCUCUGAAGCAGAAAAACUAGAGGCGCUCUCUUCUCAACCUGCUGUGGACUCGUCCUCUCUCUGCGCUCUGCACAGCACUGCAAAGACACACCCCACCGAGCACUUAGACAACACAGAUCUUCCGCACCCCACCCCAUCUUCGUCCUCCUCCACCUCUUCAUCCCCCACCGACUGCAGCGCCCCCAUGCUCAGCCAGCCCGCUAAGAAGAAGAAAAAAAAGAAGCCGAAAGUUGAAAACGACAAAGACGAAGCAAAGCCAGAGAAAAUUCCAACAUCACCCAAAAAGACCUGCAAAAAGCGCCCGUCGUCCAGCUCAGACCUCGAGAGCUUGAUGUACACCAUCGAGGCGGUGGCCAAAGGGGCCUUCGGCUCGGAGGAAACGGACAAGAAGCGAGCUCGACCCUCAGACAGCGAGGACAGCACCAUCCUCACGGACCAACCCCCGGCAACCAAGAAGAAGACCAAACCCAAAGUGAAGAAACCGCUCAGGGCCAAGGAGGAGUCGAUGGAGCGGGAGGAACCAGAGGUGCAGGAGGGGCAAGACAGUGGAGAAGACCACAAGCCACCAGAGACUGAAAGGGAAGCAGCUCCACCAAGCCCUGAAACAGAGGUGAAACCUGAAUGCAAAGAGGAGGUGGAGCUGAAGGUGGAGCCCCCUAGCUGCACGGAGGUCCCAGCACAACACAGCACUGCACAGCAACCAAUCAUAGACGAAGAGAUGGGCUCCACAAAACCAGUGACGGAAGGCGAGGGGGGUGCUCCACAAGCAGAUCAGGAUGAAGAGAGAGAACCAGAGGCCAAGCCAGCCAAACCUGAAGAGAGAGAAACAGAGCCCAAGCCUGAGGUGUGCGGUUAUAGGAAGUCGGAGCGCAGCUGUAAGGGAGCUCUGUAUAAGACUCUAGUCUCGGAAGGCAUGCUGACUUCACUGCGGGCCAACGUGGACAGAGGAAAGAGAGGUUCAAUGAGGGGCAUUGUGUCUGAACUCGAAGCCGGAUGGACAGAGGAAAGCUGUACUUUCACUCCACCAGCUGCCAGCAAUCCCAAAAAGCUAAAGAAGUCAAAAUCUAAAGAAGAGACGGGGCCAGGUUUGGGAAAGCUGGAGGAGGAGUUUGAGAAGAAGUUUAACAGCCUGCCUCAAUACAGUCCGGUAACGUUCGACAAGAAAAGCACUGCAGUUACGAAAAGGAAGAAAGCCAGCCCAGCCAGCCUUCCUGAACCUCCUACGCCAAGCAAGGGUCCAUCCCCAUCUCAGAAAAAGACUUUAUUCCACAAGAUUGUUAGCAGGUACAAGCACAAAAAGGAGAAGCCGGGUACCUCGGACAAAGCCAUAGCUCAGCCGGAACCGGUGGCUGCUGAGGCGUGUCACACGGUAAAGCCUGACGCUACGUGCACAUCACCUUCUCCGGACGCCCGUAAGGCAGGUGACGGGCCUGUUGGCAGCCAGAAGAGGAAAGCCAGGAAGAGCAAGAUCACUCAUCUGGUGCGCACGGCCGACGGACGACUAUCACCCGCCGAGGUGGACAAAGCCAAGGAGCUGACCCAGGACCAGGAUGAAAAGCCAUUAACUCACAAGACUUUAUGCAACAAGGAGAGCUGCUACACUGACCCCAGACCAGCAGAGGCAGACAGCGCAGAAGCAUCAGACAGCUUGCCGGCCUUCUUCAGCCUGGCAGCACUUGCUGAGGUUGCAGCCAUGGAAAACGUGCAUAGGGGCCAGCGUGCUGAAGGCCAGGUAAAGGACAUGGCUCCUCAGACAGCUGUGCUGAUCUCCUGCGCAGACCAGUGAAGACUCAGGCUGGUCUGGACCAACUCUGGUCUGGGAAUGGACUUACUGGGGCAUAUCUCUUAACUUUUCAGCUUUUUGUUCCAAGAAGAGAGAAAGAGAGCAAAAGAGAGAGGGAUAGAGCGAGAGACAGAAAAAGGAAACAAGAGAGAGAGAGCAAUGCCGUGGAGCGACGAGGGAUUUUCUGAAGUCACCAGGAAAAGGAAAAAGAGGAGGAAGCUGUUUUCCGCUAAAAGAGGAUUAUUUCACUCGUCUUCUGUUCAGACAUGGCUGUGGAGGUGGCAGGCUGGUGCCGAGCCCCAGAGAAAGCUAGCGUGCUUCCUCCACCUGCGGCAGACGUGCAGGAUAGGCUGUAACGAAGGAGCUGGCUGGCUGGCUGGCUGCUCUUUGUAAAGCCACAUUUUCUUUCAUAAAACGGAUAAAAAGGAUCUCUCUCUCUCUCUUUAUAUCCUGAUUGUUUGAGAAUGAUUGGCUCAGCUUUCCUGCACUCUCUCAAUCUCUCUCCCUUUCUCGCUUUCUUUUUUUCUGUCUAUCUCUCUCUCUUUCUUGUCUUUCUCUGUUAGAGGAAAAUCUUGUGGCUUCCUGUUCUCCUUCCUGGCCGGAACCAAACACACACAAAAGCACAUACACAAGCACUGUGUGUUUAUGUGCAUUUGUGUGUGUGUGUGUGUAUGCGUAGGUUUGUCUCUGUCUGUGUGUGUGUGUGUGUGUGUGUGUAAGUAUGUGAAUGCAUAGAAAAUUGCUCAACAGCCCCCCAUACCUCACAGCCAGCCUGCUUCUACCCACAAGUUUCGAGUUGUCUCCCUCUCAGCGCAGGCUUCACCUUGACAAUGCACACACUUUUUACUUUUUAAUGCCUAGAUGCCUCUUUCUGUCCAAGGACUUCUGUACCUUUUAGUGGUGCCCCAUGCCCACCAGAGAUCCAGGACUUUCCCCUGAUGCCUUGGGGCGUAAAGCAGGGGUGCGAGGAGUGAUAGACGAGGGGUCGGAGAAGGAUCGGCCCCGGUGCGAGGCUAAGAGUGACUGGAGAAGUGUGUGUGUGUGUGUAUCUGUGUGUCUAUGAGCAGUGCUCUGUGAUCCAAAGCAAACAGAGUUACUGAGUUACUGAUUGACUGAAUGAAUAUGAACACUGACCUGGUCAGAAGCCAUUCUCUUUUUCUUUUUGUUUGUUGUAUCUUUUUCGUUUGUGUGUGUGUGUACGAGUGUGUGUGUUUUCUGCUAUAACAGCACCCUGUUACUGUACUGGGCACCCUUCCACUCUUCACGUGCACAGCUAUAGAGAUGAAUUGAUUUUUUGUUUUUGUUUUUAGAGCAGUAUACUUGAAUGAUACAAUUUGCAUUUUACGUCAAUACUUGACCUUCCUGCAGUGUAUGGGUGUUUGCGUGCGCGUGUGUGUUUGUGUGCGUUGCGUGUGCUUGUGCGUGUGCACACGUGGGAGUGCGUAGCGUCUCGAUAGCUAAUCCAAAAGAGUGCUACUAGUUUCCUAAGGUAGUUUCGUAAAAAAAAAAAUACAGACACUGCACUAAUUUUUAGCUACCGUAGAGUCUUUUUAGGCAAUGUUGAUCAUGAUUAAUAUGUGUUGUUUUUAAUGUUUGUUUUUUUUUGCUCUGAUCAGCUUUUUUUAUUCCAUUUUUUUCUCCCACAUUACCUUUUGAUCCAUUCACAUUUCCUGACAAUGUCCUUACAAAGCAGCAAAGGCGUCUUGGAUUAACUUGAUUAACUUCGGAGAUGAGGUCGUGUUAAUGUCGGCCACGCGCUGGUGGAGGCGAUGGACUGGGAUUCUGUACUGUUUUCUGCCAUUUUUUGCCCAUUCCUGAAAGGAGGAGGAGGUUCACUGCGCACUGUGGGUGAGACAGAAAGUGCAGGAAAGGAAAUGGACUUUGGACUGCUGUUCUUUUCUCUCUUCUCAUUAGUGCCCGCAGCACUAAUCUCCCGAGGCUCAUCAGGCUGUGCUCUUGGGUCGAUGCACAUUGUUGUUGGUGUUGCUCGUCUCACAAUCAGCUCUCCCCAGCCACCGCACACACAAACACACACACACACACACGUACACCUGAGUGAACAAGAGGCUUGAUCGUGUCGGCCUCCACAGAAGAGUGAAUAUGAAACUCUUCUUUAAAGACAGAAACCUUAACAGAAAGCCCAAAAAACUCUCAGUUCUGCUUCUGGGAAGCCACAGCUCCACCGCUCAGCUCAGUCUAGUCCAGUCCAAAUGAAGAAAUGAAGGAACGCUCCAUCCCAGCCAGGCUGAAAAAAAGAAACCUCCAUCAAGAUGAUUUCUGCUGCGAUAUCCGCCAUUGUGCUUUUUUACUAACUGUUAUAAGUUUUAAGUUGACUGACGCCUCCUCCUUUAUUACCCCUUCCCCCAACCCCCUCUUUCAUACUUAUCUUCAUCUUCUCUUUAUCUCCAAAUGAUGUCUGUGAAUUUAUACACUUUUUUUUUUCUUUGUUUUAUUGUUUUUUUUUUUUAAAGAGAAAAAUCUAUACUAUACUGUAUUUGAUCCUUUUUAUCCCUUCAAUCAUGUUGUGUGCUUAAGGGUGUGGUUUUGCUGGCCUUUUUCUCAUUAUAUUUGUAAUAAUGAUAAUAUUAAUAAUGUUUAGUUUAGUUUAUACACCUCGCUGCGAGGUCCUCUCUACUGGAUGAAGACUAUUGUCAGAAGCUCAAAUACAAAAGAAAUUCUAUAUGUCUAUAUAUAUAUAUAUAUAUAUAUAUAAAAAUCUAAAUCUAUAUAUAUAUAUAAAGCCUAUGCUUACCUGUUAAGCCAAUGAGCACUGAGAAAUAAUGCACCGCUUCUAGAGGAAUAGUCCCUGCUUUUGGGAAAGUGCACAUGUGAUGAGGCAACCUGCAUUGCCACGUGUUAUUUGGCUAGUGUCUAAUGAGCACAGUGAGGUGUGAGUGUAAGUGUGAAUGUGUGUGUAUGUGAGAAUGUGUGUGUACCUGCAAGAUGCCCCCUGAAUGUCCCCCUCUGCCCUCCUACCCCUCCCUCUCCCCUCUUCCUGUCCCGUUCUUCACACACCGCGAGCGUUUACAGCUCAAAGCCAAGGGAUUUCACCUCAUUAUAUUUGAACUGAAAGUCGGACAGGUCUGAGCAGACGUGUCCGUGGCGUGCCGAACGUCUGAGGGGAAUAUUGAUCUGCUGAGAUCAGCUUAAUAAAGACCCGCUCAGUCAGCAAAGAAAGAGAAGUCACGUGACCACUUCUCUUAACCUCUGUGUGGUCACAUGAUGUUAGAGGAGGUUUUCAGGAAAUCUCUGCAAAGCUUUGUUUGGAAAGGUUAAAACGGGAAAUGUUGGGACGAGAUUGUCUUACACUGCUAAAAAAAAUCAAGGUGCUACAAAUGGUUCCAUAGAAAAACCAUUCUCUCUACUUUAUCUAUUAUAUCUCUGUUACAAAAACGAUUAACCAUUGGUUCUGUUUUGGUAUUGAACCAAAAGUGGCUCUUCUCCGGUUCUAAGGUUCCUCAAAGAGGCGAAGAACACUCAAAGAAGCAUUUGAAGCAUCUUUAUUUUGUAAUAAGGGUGUAAUUAUACCUUAUUGGUAGACUUGAGUUACAUUAUCAGGUUGUGAUUACUGUAAUCGGUAAUAUAGAGGUGGGUGAUACGACAGUAUUAUUACAAUAAAUAGUUGUACAUUUGUUUUUAGGAUAUAUAUCAUUAAUGUUUUUUUAAAAGCUUUUAUCAAAAUCAGAUUCUAAAUAGUAUACAAAAUAUGCUUUACUUCAUCUAAUGAAACUGGACAUAUUUUGUUCUUUUAGGGACCCUUUUAGUUUACAUCUGGUCACUUGAUCCACCUUGAGUAUCUGGAUUAUAUCUGGUUAAGGCCAAGCCACAUACAAAAUCAAUUGCAAACACACUCAAGAUGCAGUUAAAUUAAUUCAAAUUGAGCCACAUACUUCAGCACUGAAGAAGUUUGUGUCUUUAAUGCACGUUACGUUUAAACUCUAAGCUACUUUAGCAAGUAGCUGGGAAAGUUUAUGAAUUCCUAGUGCUAAAAACUUGACCGGUGUUGAUAAAUUUUGGUGGUGAAAAAAAUGUGUUUAGCGCUGUUUGCUAACCCUAGUGUUCUGAUACUCACUGUCCUGUGCUCUGUGAUGCACUCUAAUGAGGGUUAUCCAGUUAGUGAUGUUACAAAUGUUUACUCUGCUUCCUCCACAAGGCGCAUUAGUUUUACACGUUCUGUAAAAUAUUUGAGUUAUACAAUGACUAUAUAAUGAUUAUCGUCGUGGCUGAGGAUUGCUGCACGAAGCCUGUAUAUAAACUUGACUAUAUAUUAUCUGAUUGGCUCUCAGGACGUCCUAUACGUAUCUAUAUUUAAAAUCUUAUCAGAAACCAAUCCAGAUACAAGUCAUAUGAGGUGACACGGUGUAAACAGGGUCAAGAAUUCUCAGAGGUUCUAAGAGAUCAGAGUUCUAAUGAUCUAAAAUGUCAUUAAUGUAAAAUAUCCUCGUAUUGCCCACCUCUAUGAAUAUUCUGACUGAAUCGCUUGUUAACGUGAUCCGUGAUAGCUCUCGCUAUUAUAUACCAGUAUUUUCCACAGGGAGGUGCUGCUCGCUUCUCGGGGGCAGGUCCAGACGAUUUCCAAACGCUCGUCUUAAAUCCAGUUUUCACUGAAAAAUGUCUUCCCAAGUGUUGUGUGCACGUCCAGCGUCGCACCGUAUAUGUUCUUCCCAGCAGAGCGAGAGCGAUAAGCGGAAGAAAGUGUACAUUACGAACUGACAUGUACUGUACACGCUAACGGCUAACAAGUGGGGGGUUUUAUUUCCAGACAUUUGCCAAAGAAAAGGGAACGCCGUCUCUCUCUUAUCUCUUUUUAGAAAUUUGAUGGUGCAAUGGAAAGCCAGACAGACUGGGUGAGCUGAGUCUAGUCAGCGUGUCUGUGUGUUUUCAGGUAAUAAAUGCAUUAUAUUAGCACAACUAAUUCUAUAUUUCUGAUGGAGUUCCUCAGCCUCUACCUGCAAUUUUGGCAUGGUGUACAGAACGUUUUUAAAAUUGCCUAUUUUAGAGAAAAGAAAAACACAAAAUUAUAUGAUAUUUGCACCUUAAACCCAAACCAAAAUGUCACAUUCUGAAUGAUUUCUCCACCCUCUCUCCUUUCCCUUACACACCUGCAUCCCUCCUCAUGCAAUUUGCUCUUAUAAGCCCUCCUCUUGUGUCUUAAGGAAGGAUAUUUUAUUGAAAAUUUAAAUUUAUUAAAAUUUGUCAUUAUACAAUAAUGCCUUGAACGAAGAGGCGCUUAUUCGAACAUUCAAACCUUUGCAUGACGCAUAGAUGAGGUUUGGUUCCCAGUCCAUUUAAUCCACAAUAUGUCACCCCCCUUCCUCCCCCCUCUUUUCUAUAUACUGUAGAAGAUGCCUCUAUGAAUCUCAAGUUCCUAUAUUAUUAGCUAUAAAGCUUAUGAUGUAAAACCCUUUUGUGCUAGAAUUGUCUCUUGAAUGUAAUGGAUUUUGUACCUGUAUUUUUCUAAUUCCAAUUCCAGUCUUUCUGUACGGGAUGGCUUUGUAUGGAGGAGUUUUUGGGCUGCUUCCAACAGCGGAACAGCGUUUAUUAUAAUAAUUUCCAGUCGUUGUCAUGAGACACAUCCUGAGCUCUGUUUGAGAGCUUCAUAGCCUCAUCACCACAUCGCCUCUCUCAAAUACUGGUCAAAUACUCAGAACAGUAAAAGCAUAAUCCCAUCCCAUCCCAUCCCAUAAUCAGACGUGCACUCACCUUUGUUGAAGAAAAAUCGAGAAACCAGGGAAAAAUCAACUACAGCAAUCACAAAGUUGCCAAACCCUCUUUUAUGCUUUUUGUUUCUUCUUUUAAUGAUUGUUUUCUAUCUUUCCAACUGUGUCCAAGUCUUAAGGUCCUGGAUUAUGCACCUGUUUGAAAUGGCGACACCUUUUGUUCCGCUCUAUAAGAGAAUGUAUGUCCGUUGGCUUUUUAAAGCAGUCUUGUCGAAGGGUUACUCCUCUGUCGUCUCCCCUUAAAGAGUUUGUACAAUGUGUGCUUGACCUGAUUAGUGUCACUCGUACUGUAUGAUGCCAUGCUUGGAACUUGAUUGUUACAGCCCAGUUGUUGAUGCAGCCUUGCCUUACUGAAACCCUGCGUAGAAAGGGGUCCCUUUGCCAUUGCCCUUCUCAAUGAGUCCUACGUCAUAACACUGUCUGCUGACGCAAAUAUUAUUCCUUUAACACGUAUUAAAGUAACAUAUACAUA